GCAAACAGCUUCCAGAGGAAAAAGCAGCCAACACAUGACAUAAGUUCAGGUGUCUUUGAGAAGAAAGCACUUCAUUCAUGUGCUAUGUAUGGGCCAAUAGAGCUUUCACAUCUACAGUACAAGGAGUCCAAGACUGGAUAUACAGUAUGGUCUCCAAUGGAGAUCCGUGCGUAAAAGGCGCGUAACGGGGAUCCCUACCCGCCCCCUUCAUGCGCUUACAUUCCCUUUACUACGGUCGUGUGAUUACGAGACUCAGCAUCCCACUGAAAGUCCACAUCAUCGACAUCAGCGGAUCACACGGCACAUCUACAUCUGCGCUGCCUGGAGACACACAGUGUCAUCACGCACUGAGAGCGAGCUGCACAAGAACAAGUGCAAGGAAACUGAGACUAAGUCGACUUCAGCGAGUCCAUCGAGUUUCCAUCUGAGGAGCGAAGCGCAGCUUUUCCUGACGGCUGAGUGAAGUGGACCAACAGCAAACUCAGAGCAUGAAGAAGACUCCCAAUUCAGCUCUGAAGAGGUCCUUUGAGGUGGAGGAUGUCGACACUUCAUCUCACUCUUCCCCCGGUUCCCGCCGGACAACCAACUCCCCUCACCGUAACGCCAUGUCUCCCACCAGCAUCUACUACCGUGACCUGGGCACCGCUGCCCCAGCUACCAACAACAACAACCUCAACUACACCCAACCCCGCUCCAUCAUGGGUGGAGGAGGCUCCAAGACCCCUGAGCCUGUGUCGCGCCGCUCUGAACUUUCCAUUGACAUCUCCUCUUCAUCCAACAAGCAGGUGGAUAACAUCACCAGCCCCGCCUCUGCACGCUUUGGGAGCAACAGCGCCUUGAAACGCCCCGAAGUCCUCGGCCACUCCAAGACCCCCGAGAUGAGCCACAAGAGGGAGGUCACUUUCGCCAAGACGCCUACUGACUCCCUAGUGAUACGCCGUAACGAAGGCAACAAUAACAACAACGGGACCAGCCGGACCCUUGAGCAGAACCACGCUCGCAAAUUUGAGCCCCCCAGUCCCGGGGAUGUCCGUAAACCUGAUAUCAGCAUCACCAGAGCUCCGCCGGAGAACAACGGCCACCACGCAGCAGUACAUCACCCACACCACCCCAAUCCUCACCACAACACCAUCGUCACCACCUUCCGCUGCUCCUCGCCCAACCACGCCGGACGCAAAUCCCCCAACACUGACAGGUCAGAGGUCAAUCUGAGCCACGGCAACAUGUCUGAAUCCGCAAAGCCCCACCAACCUAACCCACAGGGUAAGGGGGAGAAAACCCAUGGCAGCGACUUCAGCUAUGUCGGCAUCGACGCCAUACUGGAGCAGAUGAGGAGGAAGGCCAUGAAACAGGGCUUUGAGCUCAACAUCAUGGUUGUGGGACAGAGCGGCCUGGGGAAAUCUACUCUGAUGAACACACUGUUCAAGUCCAAGGUGAGCCGCAAGUCAGUUCAGCCCAACACAGAGGAGAGGAUCCCCAAGACUGUCGAGAUCAAGUCCAUCAGUCACGAUAUUGAGGAGAAAGGAGUGAGGAUGAAGCUGACAGUAAUUGACACUCCUGGCUUUGGGGAUCAGAUCAACAAUGAAAACUGCUGGCUGCCCAUUAUGAAAUUCAUCAAUGACCAGUAUGAAGCCUACCUGCAGGAGGAAAUCAACAUCAACAGGAAGAAGAGGAUCCCAGACUCCAGGGUGCACUGCUGCAUAUACUUCAUACCUCCCACUGGCCACUGUCUGAGGCCUCUGGAUGUGGAGUUCAUGAGGCGUCUCAGUAAGGUGGUCAACAUCGUCCCCGUCAUCGCCAAGGCCGACACGCUCACCCUGGAGGAGAGGGACUACUUCAAGCAGACGAUUAGGGAAGAGCUGCGAGCCAAUGGGAUUGAUGUUUAUCCCCAGAAAGAGUUUGACGAGGAUGCAGAGGACAGGAUGAUCAAUGACAAAAUCAGGGAGAUGAUCCCUUUUGCUGUGGUGGGCAGUGACCAGGAGUACCAGGUGAAUGGGAAGAAGAUUCUAGGGAGGAAAACAAAGUGGGGCACCAUAGAGGUUGAGAAUAUUGCACACUGUGAGUUUGCUUACCUGCGAGACCUCCUCAUCAGGACACACAUGCAGAACAUCAAGGACAUCACAGGCAGCAUCCACUAUGAGACGUAUCGCGUCCGCCGGUUAAAUGAAUCCAACGCCCUUUUCAACUCUCAACCGCCGUCUGACCAUCCUGCGGCGGUUCAGUCAAAGACCAACGGUCAGCCCGAGGAGCAGCCCGGCGCCACGCAGGCCAACGGAGUGGCUGCUCAGCAUGAAGCCCUGUCCCACGAGAUGUAGAGAGUCCUGUACGGAGAAAAAUCGCCAAUUUAUGACAUCAGGACACAGCCAGGCACAAAACUUAUACUCACACAUCUGUUUCUCUGUUUACAUGAACAAGCCCACACGCAUUCAAACACACACUCAAUUCCUAGAAGGACUUUUUUGGCAAAAAAAAAACAGACCUAAACCACAGCUUUUAAUUUAUCAAUAAGUAACAAGAAACAGUACUCAGACUAACACUCUACAUUUCUUAUCCUGCAGCAAGUUUUUCCAUCUUUUUUCAUCAUUUAGAUUCUGAGCAAAGAUGCACAUACACUUCUCGUCCGCUCUUGUUUCGACCGAUACAAUCUCCAUACAGGAUCGUCUAAAAUAAACCGUGAAAGUUCUCAAGUCAUGGAUAAACAAAAUUUAAUUUACUCAUGUCUUAUAACUGAGCUUUAGCUGCUGGGUUUAUUUUUAGAUCAUCCAUUGGCUGUCAGGCCUGCAGCAGCUGCAAGUUAGAUUAAGUAACUCAGCAGUGAAACAAUAGACAAGAUUUUGAUCAGUAUAGAUGAGUAUAAUGGAAAAAGAGCAUCCAGAGGAAAAUAUCCUGUUUUUUUUCUAUAAACUACUUUUGCAGGAUCUUCGGUUGACAGGAGGUUUGGUCUGAUGGGGGCCGUCCAGAUGAGGAGAUAACACCAUGACUCCAAAUGAAAUACAGCAUAUCAGAUGAUAACUAGAUUAGCUCUAAAGUAGAAAUAACUGUUAGUGCCACUGGCCUGGUCCGCUUUGUGUUGUGGUGUAUAGUUUUGUAUAGAAACUAGGGUUAAGUAGAGAUAUUUAGAUUAGUGUUAUGGAGGAAGUAAAGAUAUUGUUGACACCUCCGCACUGCAAAUUAAAAAAAGAAAGCAUUAGUGUGGAGCAGCUUUCGGGAAAAACGAGUCCUCGUGUCAUUUUUCCGUUGUUUUAUGAUGUUUUCGAAACCCCUUUUUUUGCCAAACCAUCCCGUCUCUUUCUAUAUAAAGCCGAUGUCGUGUAAUACAGUCAUACCUUGCAUUUUACAUUGCUUAUUUACUAUUGUAUUUUUAUUGCUGUUGUUCAUGUUCUAAUAUUAUUAUAUAAGAUGGGGGGGGGGGGUUGUGGAGGAAUCUGUGCAGCCGUUUUGUCCAUUUUACUGACUGUAAACCAAAUAAAAGUCAAUUUUUUUUCUGUUCUAAAGAGAAGCACACGCAGUACAUAGAAUGGAUUUAUGAAUAGUUAUUUAUGUGUAUGUUUAGUGGAAUUCAACUAAUUCAUCUUUCAUUCCAGCUGUUGGCUUCCAGAGGUUUGCUGCAGGUCUUAAAGAGUGAUGAUCUUUUUGGGUUUAGAAAGUGUUUCUGUUGCCUGUAUUCAUGUAGUAUGUUGCAUCCUUUUGGCAAGGCUGCGUUAUAACUAGCACCGAUUUACCUGCUAGUGAAGUACAGAAGUCGUCUAUAUUUGUACUUUGAAUACUAAUAAUUACAACUGAUCCUGCCGAUAGAUAAUAUUUACAGCAGUGACAUUUACAUUGCAAGCUUAAAGCAUUUUGUCAGAGGAGGAUGUUUUAUUACCAUUGAGAGGAAGAAUUUGUGCCAAAAACCUUUUAAAUAAAACCUUGUACAUGAUGCCACUCUAUUACAGAAGGAACUGGGAUGUUUUUUUGUUAAUAUUUUGUGAAAUUACAAGCUCAAGGGACAUUUUAGAGGCUAUGUCUAAAUUUAUAACGUUCUCAUAAUUUCCUAACAAAAAUACUCAGUGUAUGCACUGCCUCGUCAAGUCUCCAAAUAUAAAAUAAUUGCAUACUUGCCUUCAGGACAGAUAAUAAUUUCAUAAACCAAGAGAAAGAUAUUGGGUUACACUUUGUUUACUGUUGUAUAGUUCUUGUGUAAUUUGUUAUGGUAUUAUAGCUUAAGGUUUUAAAUUGAUAUGCUAUCUCAAAGAAUAAAGAUUGAUAUUUUUAUUGUUUAA